AAAAUAAAAUAAGUGGCUGGGUCUUUAGCUAGGGUUUAAUAGUGCGUUGCAGCUUCCGCUCUCUUUCUCUCCUUUCUUUUCACACAGCCGCAAAGGCUCUCAUCUUCUUCUUCAUUCACACAAUCUCUCUUCCCGACAAUCACACGGAUUGUUGAUUCCUCUGGAUUUGGGGUGAAUGGAGGUUGCUACGAGCAGCACCGAAAUCACGAUCCAAACGGAUCGGGAUCCGUCGUCGAACAACAACGGAUCUUGCGCUGUUGCUUCCUCUACCGCUUCCGCCGUCUUCAGAAAGAUCGAGUUUCACCCUGCAAGGAAACCCUUCAACGGUUUCUCUAAUGGGCGUUCCGAUUUUAAGAUCGAGACUUUGAAUCCUUGCUCCUCUAACCAGCGACUGUUAUCUGCACCGUCCGCUAAGAAACCCGACAGCUCCGAUUUGUUGGAACAUGGGUUCGAACCCGAUCUUACUUUUAGCAUUACCUUCCGCAAAAUCGGUGCGGGUUUGCAGAAUCUCGGGAAUACAUGUUUUCUUAAUUCCGUAUUGCAAUGUUUGACAUACACUGAGCCUUUAGCUGCUACUCUGCAAACCGCUGCGCAUCAGAAAUAUUGUCAUGUUGCUGGAUUUUGUGCUUUAUGUGCGAUCCAGAAACAUGUCAGGACUGCCCGUCAAGCUAAUGGCAGAAUAUUAGCACCAAAAGAUUUGGUCUCAAACUUGCGAUGCAUAUCCCGAAACUUCAGAAAUUGCCGGCAGGAGGAUGCACAUGAGUACAUGAUCAAUUUGCUUGAAUGCAUGCACAAGUGUAGUCUACCUUCUGGUGUACCAAGUGAAUCCUCUGAUGCUUACAGGAGAAGUUUGGUACACAAGAUUUUUGGCGGUAGCCUUCGAAGUCAGGUGAAAUGCGAGCAAUGUUCCCAUUGCUCCAACAAGUUUGAUCCGUUUCUUGACCUAAGUCUAGAUAUUUCAAAGGCAGAUUCAUUGCAGAGAGCACUUUCGCGUUUCACUGCUGUUGAGCUCUUAGAUAAUGGUGCAAAGGUUUACCAAUGUGAAAGAUGCAAGCAGAAAGUUAAGGCUAAAAAACAGCUAACUGUUUCUAAAGCACCUUACGUUCUAACCGUACAUCUGAAGCGGUUUGAAGCACACAGAUCCGAAAAAAUCGAUAGGAAAGUAGAUUUUACCUCUGCAAUUGACAUGAAACCUUUCGUCAGUGGUCCUCAUGAAGGUAAUUUGAAGUAUACUCUAUAUGGCGUGUUAGUUCAUUAUGGUCGAAGCAGCCAUUCUGGUCACUACGCCUGCUUUGUUCGCACAUCAAGUGGCAUGUGGUAUUCCCUUGAUGACAACAGGGUUGUCCAAGUUAGUGAGAAGACUGUGUUCAAUCAAAAGGCAUAUAUGCUAUUCUAUGUCCGUGAUAGACAAAAUGCUGUCCCUAAGAAUUCAGUCCCUGUGGUUAAGAAAGAGAGCUUUGCCACAAACAGAGCUUCUUUGAUCGUAGCUUCUAACAUAAAAGAUCAAGUGAAUGGCUCAACAGUCAUCAAAGAAUGUGGGUUUGGCGCUCUUGUUGCCAAUGGUUUAGCACCUUUGAAAUCAUGUGGCCCAAGUACUCCUGCUGUCUUAACUCAGAAAGAUUUAAAUGCCAAAGAGACUCAGAACAAUGCCAUAAGUAAUGUGGAGGCAAAAGAGAUCCUUGAGACGGAAAAUGGUUCGGCACCCGUGAAAACUUGUGAUUUAGCUGCCCCUACUGUCUUGGUUCAGAAAGACCUAAAUACAAAAGAGAUCUUCCAAAAGGAAGUGCCACUUCCGCAGGCUAAUGGGGAAGGAUCUUUGGUAAAGGAGGAUUCAAAGGCUGCAUGCCUAAUAUUACCAGAGAAGGUGUCUCCUCACCUGGAUGGAAGCGCAAAUGCUCAGACUCUUGUGAAGUUGCCUACCCUUGGACCUAAAGCUGAAAAUAGUGUUGAAGAGAAGAAUUCUCUUAACAAUUUGAAUGAGCCUGCUAAUUCACUGAAGGUUAUAAAUGUGUCAGUUGGUAAUCCACCUGUUGAAAAAGCUGUUCUUAUUGAUCAAACUAUGGGACAUCACUUGGAAGAAUCGGCCACUUCAAUUGAGUCAUUGAAGUUAACUUCCGAGAGGGAGACUCUCACCACACCGAAAAAGACUCGCAAGCCUAAAACGAAAACUCUGAAGGUGGAAUUCAAGUUUUUCAAGCUGGCCCUGGGCUUACGAAAAAAGAAGGUACAGAGAAGGGAGAGAUUAAGUACGACGGUAGCUGGCGAGAUUAUCUCUGAGGAGCUCCUAUCAAAGAAGAGAGUUAAAUAUCAAGAUACAAGUCUCAUUGCCCCAAGUAAAAUGAUAUCGAGUAGUGAUGGUGCCGUUACGUCAGACCAACAGCAACCCGUGGGUAGUUCUGACUUGUCUGAGGCAAGCCAAAACGCCAAAAGAAAGAGAGAGUCAGUUUUGUUACAGAAAGAAGCUGUGAACAUUCUCACUCGGGGUGUGCCAGAGACAGUGGUUGCCAAAUGGGAUGAGGAAAUUUCAGCUUCUCAGAAGAGGGGAUCAAAGAGUGAAGGCGCAAGCAGCAUUGGUUAUGUAGCGGAUGAGUGGGAUGAAGAAUAUGACCGAGGGAAGAAAAAGAAGAUAAGGAUUAAAGAGGAGAGCUAUAGAGGGCCUAACCCGUUCCAGAUGCUUGCAUCGAAGAGACAAAAAGAGACAAAGAAGAAAUGGACACAAAGCAUAACUGACGCAAAGACAGCCUACAGGAUAUGAAUAAGGACUAUAAUCUUAUACAUAUAUGUAAUCCACAUGCUGCUGUAUCUGGCGUAAAGUAAUGUUAACAAAUGAGGAAAAGAUAGGCUAUAGACAGUAGUAGACAUUGUUCGUUAUCUCUUUUCCUCUCAGUUUUGUUCUCUUUGGGAUAAACAGAGAAAGACCCUAUCCCCUGUUUUUUAGUGAGAUUAUUUACACUUUCUUUCUCGUCUCUCUUGAUUUUUAAGGCAAUUUUAUGGCACAAGAUCUGAGAUAUAUAUGCUCAUGAAAAAGUAUCUCAGUCUAUAUUACCUG